AUGGCAUCCAAAGUGUUCCAAAGAGUUCAAAGGUGUUUAAAAGCUUACAGAAAAACAAUUCAUGAUACUAGUUGUAACGAGUCUAUUUCGCCUUAUUUAGCUUCGCAGAGUACGCGGCAUCUCGCAACGGAGACCUCUAUCAAUACAUCACAAGCAGCGAAUCCCUUUUCAACUAAUCAUUCAAAUUAUGUUACAGUACCAUGUCGGUCUACUCCUAUCCAUUCGAAACCCACUGAUAGCCAUAACAACUUUGAGGUUCAAACCACUAUCUUCCAGUUUCCAACCAUGGAGCCUCUUCGUCUCGAAACUUACGCUGCCAAACAUCUAUACCUCCCCCUUCGCCGUGAUAUACUUCAUCGGGCUAUUAUCUUCGAGGGAGAUCACACUCGCCAAGGCACAGGCUCAACAAAGUCGCGAGGCGAAGUUCAUGGCUCUCGUCGCAAAAUACGGCCUCAAAAAGGUUCUGGGCGGGCGCGUCUAGGUCAUCGUCAGUCGCCUGCUCUUGUCGGCGGUGGUGUCUCUCAUGGUCCACAUCCACGUGAUUUCUCUACACGACUUCCCCGAAAGAUGUACGACUUGGCGUGGCGUACAGCGCUCAGCUGGCGAUAUCGCCGCGGCGAACUUAUUGUUUGCGAGAAUGAAAUGGAGCUUGACGAGCCCGAAACACUCCUAGCGCAACAUAUUCUCGAACAUAACCAUUGGGGCAAACAAGACGGUCGAACGCUGAUGAUUGUUGGUGGUGAGCCUAAAAACUUAUUAACCGCCAUGGAGGGCGCAGGAAGUGACGGCAGAGUGGAGAGAGCAAGCGAGGUAGACGUGAAAGACCUAUUAGAAUUAGGCCGAGUUGUGAUCGAAAAAAAAGCGUUGGACUACUUAUUACGAGAGCAUCAAAGCGAUCUGGUGCCAAAAUUCCGGCAAGUCACCUAA